AUGUCAUUUCAUUCAUCCACAGCGCUAGCUGAGACAAAAAUUACAAACAUCUUUCAUGAGACUGCGGACAAGAUAACGGAAACCAUCACCGUCGACAACCUUUUUCAGUGUCGAAAUCCCUUCACAAAAGCUUUUGAGGUAAGUGACUUUCAUAACACCUUUGGCCAAAAAAAAUGGUUUUUCUUUUUCAAUAAAAGUUGAAAAAAUGUUAAUUUUUUAAUACAAUAGGUUUCUGCAAAGCUACGGGAACUAGCCAAAACACGCAAUGAAAAUGUGGUUCUUCUCAACAAUUUGGCAGAAAAGGUCGAGGACUUCUCUGUUACACUCAUGGACCAAGUAAACACUGAAGAGGAAAUAAAAAUCGAUGUUCACGAAAAAGAAAAUAUGGAUACCUACGCAUGUCUACUUGACAGUAUAACAGAGUCCGCAAUACGCCACGAACAGAAGAAGGUUAGGGAAACCGUUUCAUUCAUGUGUUGAUCUUAUUGUUGUCAGUGUUGCUUUUAUCGUUGUUGUUAUUGUUGUUGAGUAUAUGUGAACAAUAUGAAAUGUCCGUUUUAUGAUUUAGAAAUUAGAUAGAUAACGUUAGGGCUGCGGCUCAGGUUCAAGAUCUAGAUUGCCAUAGACAAAAGCAACCUUGCAUAUAAAGAAAUCUACAGAUACUGAAUGAAGAACAACUAAGUUGCGACGCGAUUUUGCAAUCACCCUUUCAAAAUGGCAGCUAUUCUUCUUCUAACUGAAAACUUUGCAUGCUCUAAUUUUUAUAAAUUGCAAUGUUACGCAGUUUGUCUCGCAUCCACUGACAUACAGACUGGUGAACCAGAGAUGGAACUAUGGUUUGCCUUCGCACUACCUUGGGGGAUGGAAGCUUGUUUUGCUGUACAUAUUCACCGUAAUCGAGACGACCUUAACUCCUCUUCUGUGUCCAUUCAUCGCAUAUGUGUUCUACAUGGACCAGAUAUCCAACAGUAAGCGUACAGAGGAGGAAAAAGAAAAAGGAAAAACCGAAAAGCCCCUUCGAGGUCUGUAUGUUCUCUACACAGUGGUAAGCAAAGAAGAAAGUCACUCAAGAGUUUUAAUGAUAUUGAUAGUGGGAAUGAAUUUAAGCGUAGUCUUGCCCCUUUGAGAAAUGCGAAAAAAAAAGCAUAGAAAUCAGCUUUUUAUUCAUUUGUUUGAAAGUGGAGAAUGAGGUAAAGAAACUAUUGCGAUUAUUCUAAAGGAACAAAUGCAUAAAUUCAACAAUUCUUCAGUGUUACAGACGCCCGACUGAACUUAAAUUAUGCUGCUACUUGUAUGUGUCCCUGGCCGACCUUUUAGUGACUAGGAAUCGAUGGCUUUGGAAAGGCGUUAUGAAGUAUUUGCGAUUAUUCUCAAGGAACAACUGCAGAAAUUCAACAACUCUUCAGUGGUACAGACGUCUGACUAAACUUAGAUUAAGCUGCUACUCAUAUAUGUCCCUGGCCGUCCUUUUAAUGACUAGGAAUCGAUGGCUUUGGAAAGGCUUUCUGAACAAUUUCACAGAGUGAGAAAAUCUUUCCAAUUAUUCUUCUUUCUUGCAGAUAAAUACUUAAGCUACUUGACGACACCUUUCGUGAUCUUUUUGAAGGACAAACUCAGUCAAUUUGUCUUCAUAGUGCUGCACUUAAGAAUUUCCGUCCUACCAUCUUCUGUUUCCGCGAAGACAGAGGAAUACCUAAUCCUGAUAUUUUAUGUUGGUUCUUUGCUGACUGAGUUCCAACAGUACAGAACAUCUCAGUCUAAAGUUUAUCUACGGUAACAAAAGUUCCCUAUUUUAUCAUUUUAUUACCUUUUUUCAUAAUCUACUCUUUUCCCUACUUUCCUUUUAUUUUAUUUUUUGGUUCUUUCUUGACUGUGUCUCGCUAACUCAAGGCAAACCUCGUCUCGUCCUCCUGUAGAUCUUCUUUAGUAAUUAUAACUUUCGCCGCAUUCAUAACCUUUAGCAAAUCACUUGAAUAUCAACUUCAAUGCAGAUAAAGUAAAUUACUUUUAAUUCUUUUGCAAAGUUCGUAAAAAUAGCAUUAAUUUUGUUUAAAAUUUUCAAAUUGGUAAUCAAACAUAACCCGACAUUCAAUUAAGCUCCCAAAGAAGAUUUGGGUUUAUUGAAAAUGUUCUUUGAAGGAGAAGGCAGAUCUACCAUAUCAAUUCAGAGACACAUAACUUAGAAAAACUUCAAAAUAGUAAAUCUACCAAGGUUAUCUACUGAUUUAACUUUUUGAUAGAAAAUUUGAUAAGAACGUGGUAGCACAUUUUCCUGUAUUCAUCUGGCAUGUUUAUAUACUGAUAUUACGCUAAAUACUCUUUUCUUUUAUCUAUCCAUAAUUCUUCUCUUUUCCUGUGGUAAGAUGACUGCAGAUAUGUUUAUAUUUGACAGAAACAAAACGUAAUCUCCAAAUAUUUUAUUCUUUCCAGGAACAUGUGGAAUUACGUUGAUGUAAUGACCCUCUCACUACAUGCAUUGAUAUUGGUUCUUCGUAUCAUUUCGAUCUGCCUCGGAGGAGAUCCUUACCAUAACCGAUUGCUGGAAGUGGUCAACCACUUUUAUGGCAUCACCACUCUGCUCCUUGUACUGAGGUUCUCAAGUAUUCUAGCAGUAAACAAAACGGUCGGACCUCUUCAACUUGCUCUGUUUCGAAUGUGCAUCGACUUAGCAAUUAUUUUGAUUCAAUUCUUUUUUGUUAUUGUGGCAUUUUCUGUGGCUAUCACCAUGAUCUAUACUGCAGAGAUGUCCUACUUGAUUCCCACAGGACAAAAGAAGAUCAACGGGACUCAUUUUGACGGGUCAGUGAACUCUGCUGCUUCGUUCAUUUAAAAAGAUUUGUUCGUUAGUCGGGUUGUUUUUUUGGAUCAUUUACAACAAAUCACUAGCUCUGCCAAUUUUCAAUUCCUAACCGAAGACGAAAGAACAUUUUGUCUCUUUUCAAGUUAUUCCUCACCAGUUAAAUUAAUUUUUCUUAGUUGUAAUUUCCUGGUUUUCUCUUUAUGACAGCUUUUGCGCAGAAGGACGAACAGCUUGGUAAGUUAUGGUCCUUAGGAAUCAACAUGUGCACGUUCAAAGUCGAAGCUUUUUUUUAAAAUUGAUUUCCUGCCAUUGAGAAUAAUCAGAAUUCAAAGAUGCAACAGACAUUCAUUGCAUCAAGUACAAGCUUCAACGGGAGCAUGAAAAUACCACUUCCCACAUUAACGUACAUCACAAAUAUUGUGAUGUACGUCGUGGACUCUCGGAUUUUGGUCAACUUAGUAUUUUAUGAAGAACUCCCAUAUAAGCAAAAGCUGAAGUGGCAUGCUGUUUGGAUAAUUAAGAAAAAACGUGGCCGAGAAAACCAACUACUCUAUUUUCAUUUUUAAGCUUAUUCAAAGCAUCCACACAUCUUGUAUGGUCUGUCUUCGGUCUCACUAAUCUCGAGACCAUGGAAUCUCACGGAGAGUUGUCCUCAGCCGUAGUUGGUGUUCUGUACGUGUUGUUCUUGAUUCUGUCAGUUAUUAUGCUAAUCAACAUGCUUGUUGCAUUGCUCACAAACACCUAUCAGAAGGUCGAGGUAAUGUAAUUGCUUUUUUGUUUUAUGAUCAAGUUUUGAGUUUCUAUACUACUGUCUCAUUGGUUGUGUUAAUUUCAUUGUCCAAUCUCUUCAUCGAGCAACAUAAAGCGAAGUCAUCUCAAGAAAAAGAAAUGUUAUUUUGGAGUAAUUAUAAGUAAUUAUAAUUGUGUUCAAACGAUGUUCAAAUCAUUUUUCUAAUCGUCUUGCUUUUAACUUUUAGUUCGAAUGCUCUGAUAUCUUUCUACUACAAUCGAAUGAGAUUUUAAAACUGUUGAAUGCGUAUCGCUUUCUCUUCAGACGAAUGCGGACGUGGAGUGGAAGUUUUCACGUGCAGUAGUAGCCGAUGAGUACAGAAGAUUUCAUCCCAUUGUAGUUCCAUUCAAUAUCAUUUCUUUUCCCGCUUGCCAAUGCUACAUCUGGAAAUGUGGUGACCGCCGAGAAAAGGUGUGA